AUUAUGGAAGGGUCCAGCGGAUCGAAUUUUGGAAUAGACACUAUCUUGUCUGUUAAUAACACUUCCGGCAGCCCCGUGCUAAUGAACGGAGACUUUCGGCUCGGCGACGGCCGGACCUCGGAUUUUAGAAAUCAGGCCACUCCAUCACCAUGCUCAGAGAUAGACACGGUGGGGACGGCGCCUUCUUCCCCUGUCUCGGUCACCAUGGAGCAUCCUGAUCAACAUCUGGCCCAAGACAACCUUCAGCAUCACCAUCACCACCACAGCCAGCAGCAAAGUUUGCAGCUUUCACCGCAGCCUCCGCAGCAGAUAGGGGCAGCGGCAUCUGCCCCAAGGACUGCCACCUCUUCGUUUUUAAUCAAAGACAUUUUGGGCGACAGUAAACCACUGGCUGCCUGCGCACCGUACACAACCACAGUAUCUUCUCCCCAUCACACUCCCAAACAAGAAAACGCCACAGCGAACGAGGGAUUCAGACCAAAAUUGGAACAAGAGGAAAGUAAGGGCAAGUUGGACAAACGAGACGAAAUACAGAGCGACAUCAAAUGUAACGGAACGAAAGAAGAAGGUGAUCGGGAGAUCAGCAGCAGCAGAGAAAGCCCCCCAGUUCGAUCCAAAAAGCCCCGUAAAGCGAGGACAGCUUUUUCUGACCAUCAGCUGAAUCAGCUGGAGCGCAGCUUUGAGAGGCAGAAGUACCUGAGCGUCCAGGACCGCAUGGACUUGGCGGCGGCGCUGAAUCUGACAGACACCCAGGUCAAAACCUGGUACCAGAACAGAAGGACGAAGUGGAAGAGGCAGACUGCUGUAGGACUAGAGCUGCUGGCUGAAGCGGGGAAUUAUUCCGCCUUACAGAGAAUGUUCCCGUCUCCUUAUUUCUACCACCCGAGUCUGUUGGGCACUAUGGACAGCACGACUGCAGCGGCCGCAGCCGCCGCCAUGUACAGCAGCAUGUACCGGACUCCCCCGGCGCCUCACCCUGGCCUACAGAGGCCGCUGGUCCCGAGGGUCCUCAUCCACGGUCUUGGACCAGGGGGGCAGCCUGCACUAAAUCCCCUCGCAAACUCGUUGCCUGGUACACCACAUCCUCGGUAGGCAAGAAAGACUGUUUAUCCAACCUCACAAUAAGUCAUUUUUCUAAAAAAUAACGAGAAAAUGCAGAAGAACUGUAAACCACUAAUAUGUGGUUCAGUGGAACGGAAAUGGAGAACGACCGCAAGUUUUUUUGUUUCUUUUUUUAUGAGGAAAAUUAAAGAACCUAAGCAGUUGAACAAAAGGACCGUUUUUUUAUUUUUUAUUUUCUACAAAUCAACCUAUAAUACUAACAAAUACACUUAAGGUUUAUAGAAGAUGGAGGAGGUAAAACGCAAACUCGGAAGAAAUGAGACACUUUAAAAGUGAAACAAUUCUUUAAGCCUGAACAUGCAAUGGCAAUGGUCGGAGAACUUUACACUGCUUCUUGCGACCUUUUUAUUUUUUGAAGUGGCAUGCACCGUUAAUAUAAAAUGUACAUUUGAAGAACUGAGUGAAAUAUCAUAUUUAUUAUAUGUCUUCAGAGAAAAUCGCUUAUAUACAUUUAGUAACACGUGCAGAAAUUUCCUUUUUGUUUUCAUUUAAUGUCUUUUGAUUCUAACUAUUUAGGUUAAAACAUCCGUUAGAUUUUGUGAUUGGUUAAAACUAUCAUACAGAGAGGUUCUUCAAUAAUACCAUCUGUAAAAACAAUAAAAAAAUUUAAUUUUUUUUUACAAGCACUGAAACCCUGUGAUAUAUUCUUACAUGUGUCAUGCUGAGUUUGAGAGUAAAGACUAUUUAGGCGGACUUUCACAGAAAAAUAUGUGAGUACUGUAAAUAAUAAAAGAGAUAAAGACAUUUACCUUUUACAAUUUAAUACUUUUUUGCUGAGUAUAAUAAACGCAGAAAGAAGGCGCG